GCAAUAUUCGCUACAACAAGCUUAUUAAUUUUAUACUCACGACCAAUUUAUGAUAUAUUCAUCCGUGAAGAUUACGACACAUAUAAAAAACGUAUGGAAAAGGAGCGAUUAAGUAAACAGUCAGCAGAAUAAACUAUGGAAUCAGUUAAAAAAGCACAUAAACGUUUUCGUAAUUAUCCCGUUUUAUUAACUGAAUGUAGGAACGAAGCUUCAGAAUAUGCUGCGUGUGUUUUAAAUAGUGGUGGAAUUAAAUAUCAAGAAUGUGCUAAAGAAUUUACUAAUUUUAAGAAUUGUAUUCAAAAGGCUGCAGCUAAACAUAAGACUAAACUAUAAAA